AUGUCCGAGGUUGCAGCGGAAUCGGAGUCCGCAGUCACAACGGUCAUUGUUGAUCAGGCAUCAGCAGUCGACUUGAGACGCCUUGAUCAGGAGAGCGUUCCACAAGUGCGGCACGACGAAAGCGAAUUGGAUGCGGUACCUCUGACAACACCGGAAGACUCGUCACAGGCUGCUCACGCCAGCGAGACCGCGGCGGCCACUGAUGAGAUGGUACUUGGAACUGCUGAAGCUCAGACGUCAAUGCCAUCGCUCGACCAUGCUGAGCCGCAAGUAGAUGCAGAUGCAGCAACCCAGUCACAUCCGACAGCCGACGAAGACGAUGCAGACUUUGUGCCACCCGACAUGGAACACAUAGUCACCACUGGAGCAGCUCAAGAUGGCGCAUCAUCGAUGCAGGCGCUUCGCGAGCUUGUCGCACAAGCUCGAGCGUCGUCAGGACAACCACGUGAAGCCCUACCGCCAGGCUUUGGAGACGACGAAACCGACGCGAGCACCUCCAAACCGACUCAGUCGCAUCGUGGCGAGAAGCGCAAGGCUGAAGACGAGCUUGAGCAGCUCGUACAAGCAAGCGCUGGCAUUGAAGAGGUCAAAGCAGCUGCCGAGCAGAGUCAGCACCCAGAGACAAAGACGCUGCUGCAGAAAGCCCUUUCUUCUAUAUCAGGCCUCGUUUCCCGGCGCCCUAAAGCAGAGUCAUCUACAGCAAGCUUAGAUUCGACACUGGCCGACAAGAAUGGUGACGAGCCGCUAGCAAGAAACGGGGCUGGCUCUGACGAUGACAAUGAUUCUAGCUCCGACUCAGGAUCGUCCAGCUCCGACUCCUCUGACGAUGAGGAAGAAGACGAACCAACACAAUCUGGUCUCGCUGCCGCAGGCGACGAUGACGAUGAUGAUGAAGGAGGUGGCACAAGCAUAGCGCCGGUCACCAAAAACGAGAUCCUUGCUCCGGAGGUCGAGCAGCCAUCAAUAAGGGAAGUCACGGCAGCGGAAAAGCAAACGCUACGGAAGCUUGGAAAGGUGCAUUCUAUCGUCGACAGCGUAGUCGUGGUGGAGCAGGACGUCCAGCAAUCCAAUCAAGCCGAUCCUGCAUCCGCCAACACUGGAUCCGUCCCCGUCGACAGCACGGGCCGUCAAGGCGAGCGCCAAGGCGAAUACAGUGUCUUGGAUACAGGAAGCUUGCUCUGUUUCGAAGAUGGUAAGGUGCUUGGUCUCGUCUUCGAGACGUUCGGAUCCAUCCACAACCCCAUGUACUCGAUCAGAUUUGCUUCCGCCGCGUCAAUUGAUCGCGACAUGAUCAGCGCCGGCAAAGUUGUCUUUUAUCUGCCCAAGCAAAGCACAUACGUGCUCACCCAGCUGCUUCGAUCCAUGAAGGGCAGCGAUGCAAGCAACAUCUGGGACGAAGAAGUGGCCGAGGACGAGAUCGAUUAUUCGGACGACGAACAGGAAGCCGAGGCCAAGCGUCGUGCAAAGGCAAUUCGUUCCGGCAAAGUUGAUGAUCAGGGCAACCCUCUUCCUGCCCCAUCCGCACGCGGCAACAAACGUCAGAAGCAACAGCAGGGUGCAGUUCAAAGCUCUCAACCUCCUUACCGAAACUCUGCGAACGGACUCGCCAAUCAGGCACCUGGUCAACAAAGCUCGCAGUCACGAUCGGCCAGCAACGCGCCAGCAUCUUUGCCAAGGGGUGGAGCAGGCCUGCCUCUGCCACCCAACCCCGUUGGAUCUGCGUCGCUGGCACCCGCCUUCCCGCAUGGAAUCGCAUCUCUGCCACCGAGACCCGCAGCGGGACUCCCCUCCAAACCCACCUUCUCGUCUGAAGCGCCGAGGGGGAGCAACUCGAAUGACCCGCAUUCGCCAGCUGCAUCUAGAUCGAGGACGGGCACCGCAGAAGGCAGCUCGAACGGUCUCACGCACAGCAGGAUGAGCAGCGCAUCAGCCAGCGGUCUGCCCGCCAAGCCUGUCGACGCAGUCGCAGCGGCAGCAUCAUCCACAACAACAUACCGAGCGGCAGCAGGCGUCACCGGUGCGUCGUCACCGCCAAACGCUUCGCGCGGAGCAUCAAUGAGGGUUGCUCCGCCGGUGCCAUCAUCGGCUUAUCCCGGUCAGGGUUCGCCUAGUUACUACGGUGGAACCGGUUCCGUUCCCUCGAGCAUGCCUGCUUCGCCAGCUGCGCCCUCUCGGAACGCCUCGACGCAUAUUCCCACAUACAACUCCGGAGCUGGAGCGCCGGUUGCAGCGCAGGGCGGCGGCCACUACAACCCAGCGUACGCGGCUCAUUGGCAGCAUUCGUAUGGUGCUGCAACGUCGUCACCGCAGCACGGAAACCAUGCUGCUGGCGGGCCUGCUUGGAACCGAUCGCAGCCGUAUCAAGCACCACCUUUGCAUAUGGCACCAGGAACGAUGAGCCAGCAGCCGUAUGGAGGCUACGGAGGAGCUCACGGCGGCUACGGUACUUCGUCUGGGGCUUCGAGCGGCACAUGGUCCGCACAGAGCUAUCCCGGGUCGCACUAUCCCGGCUACACUGAUCGACAAUAUCACGCUUCGGCUACGAACGCUGCUGGCGCUGCUGGUGGCGCUGCUGGACAUGGCAGCCGCCAACAACAUGCUCCGCCCUACCAAAGCUACAACUACGGUGCUUACCCGAGCCAAGGCGCCAGCGCCGAUCCCUACAACGGAUACACGUACACCCCUCCGAGCGCACAGGCAGCGGCGACGACGAGCGCUGCUGCCGCUCAAGCAGCUCAAGACAGCUAUGAUCCUCGAAGUCCUUCAAUGAGCGGGAGUGGCAACGGUCAGAAGCAACAUGCGACGGAUCCAUCUCAGGGACAAUGA